AUGGAGGUGGCAAACGACAUGCUCAACCUUGGAGAAGACAUGCCUGAUCCGAAGAUCGUUGAGAAGAUUCUCAGAACACUCUUUGAGAAAUUCACAUACAUCGUAUGUGCUAUUGAAGAAUCAAAGGACAUCAGGAGCAUGACAAUGGAUGGUUUGCAGAGUUCUCUGAGGGUUCAUGAGCAGAACAUGAUUCGACAUGAUGGAGAAGAGAGAGUUCUGAAGGUCGAAGGUCAAUGGAGAUUAAGCAAUUUCAGAGGUCGAGGAGGAUACCCAGCCAGAGGAAGAGGCAGAGGUGGUUAUCAAGGAAGAGGUCGCAGUAAUGUUAACAAGGAAAAUGUGGAGUGCUUCAAAUGUCACAAGAUGGGACACUACAAGUCGGAAUGUCCUGUGUAG